CUAAACAACCUGGGGAACAAACUCGGCCGCCGAUAUGAACGCACGGGGAAGAUGGAGGACCUCGAAAAGGCCAUCCGAGUGGCGCGCCAGGCAGUCGAAGUCACCCCUGACGACCAUCCAGACCUCGCAGGGAGGCUAAACAACCUGGGGAACAAACUCAAAAGCCGAUAUAAACGCACGGGGAAGAUGGAGGACCUCGAAGAGGCUAUCCGAGUGGCGCGCCAGGCAGUCGAAGUCACGCCUGACGACCAUCCACAUCUCGCAGCCUGCCUAAACAACCUAGGGAACAAACUCGAAAGCCGAUAUGAACGCACGGGGAAGAUGGAGAACCUCGAGGAGGCAACUCGGGUAACCCAACAAGCCUUUAAUUGCAAUAACGCCACUCCAUUUGUUCGUGUUCGCGCUUCCACCCAGGCCCUUCAGUUACUUCAAAUCCAAGAGGACUUCAAAAGUGCCUACCAGAUCUCAAUAGAGGCCAUUAAUCUACUGCCCUACCUUCAUAAUAGAUCCUUAGACCAUCAAGACGAACAGUACGUUGUCUCACACUUUUCUGGAUUAGCUACAUCUGCCUGCUCUCUCGCUCUCCACACAGGAAAAGGUCCCGAGGCAGCCUUAGAGCUAUUAGAGCAAGGACGAGGAGUAAUCCUUAGCCUUAUUAUAGAUGACCGAAGUAACACCUCCAAACUAAAGGCGGCCUAUCCAGAGAUGUGUGCACAAUACGAAAGUCUUUGCUUUGAGGUAAAUAAGCUCACUAAGAACAUUACGGAUGAUCGUACGCGGGCGGUUGCUUCAUCAAGCCGAACGGAAGCAAUCGCAAAGCUUGAGAAGUGUGUACAAGAUAUCCAGCAGCUCCCUGGGUUCAACCAGUUUCAUAAAAGCCUAACUGCCAAACAAAUGCAGAGCUGUUCCAAGGCGGGCACCAUCGUUGUUAUAAAUAUUACCAACCUCAGGAGCGAUGCCAUUAUUGUUACUGCUCACGCAUUUAAGGUUCUCCCGCUUCCUAAUUUAAGUGCACACCAAGCCGAAGACUGGAUUAAACAGGACUUAACGACGACUUCGUUAAGAGACAGAGGUCGGAAAAACAAAAUCUACUUUCAGUUCUUGUCGUGGUUGUGGCGCGAAUGUGUGAAGCAUGUGUUGGACGAGCUUCACUACUACGUGCAGCCUUCUGCAGAUGACUUACCGAGGAUCUGGUGGAUCGGAACUGGUCUCGCUAGCUCUUUCCCCUUUCAUUCUGCCGGUGAUUUCUCUGCUGGGUUAUCAGAAAGUGCAUGUUACCGGGUUAUUUCAUCCUACACGCCAACAAUCAAAGCCCUGGAAUAUGCCCAAGGGCGCGCUAAUAUAACUACCAACAUCCCAUCUGGUCGUGAUCCUUGGAGAGUAGUUGUUGUAACCAUGCCCAAAACCCCUUGCGCGGAUGAUCUCCCAGGAACUAGAGAUGAGAGAUCUGAGGUUAUAGCAGCUAUGGGGCCUUCUGCAUCCGUGCAGAGCCUUGAGUACCCAGACGUCACAAGCGCCAUGGGCCAGCUGCAGAGAUGCAACAUCGCCCACUUCGCCUGCCACGGGGUGUCAGAUCUAGUGGAUCCGUCUAGGAGUGGUUUGAUACUACAAACAGCUAGGACAACGACUGAAGAGCCAAGGCAAGACAUCCUAAGCGUUCGCGACGUAUCUCAGGCCCACCUCUCGCAGGCGGAGAUUGCGUACCUCUCGGCCUGUUCAACUGCGCAGAACCAAGCGAUAAGGCUCUCGGACGAAGUGCUCCAUGUUGUUAGUGGGUUUCAGGUUGCCGGGUUUCGACAUGUAAUUGGUUGUUUGUGGCCGUCUAACGAUAAUGUGUGCGUAAGUAUUGCGAAGUCGUUCUACUCUGAACUUGUUCAAGAUAGAGCUGUGAGGAGGGACGGCGAUAGGGCUACUGCAAUAGCAUUGCACAAAGCGGUUAUGAAGGUUCGGGAAAGCAAAGAAUACCGCAAGCGGCCACUGCUCUGGGCUCAGUACGUACAUUUUGGAGCAUAG